GGUUGCUGUGCGGCUAAAUGUGCCUCCAUCUCCCAGAGAGACACAGGCGCAAUGGCUGCUAGUUCUCCAGGAUUAUUCUGCUGUUGAACUGUACCUCAUUGCCAGGAAGCGGGCGCCAGAAGGUUCAAAGACAAGAUCCCGCUCCCUUAGGGCGGUAACGGCGCGUAGGGGCUGGGAAGGGGUGGCGGGCGAGGCGGAAUCGCUCGGACCUAUGCCAGUGAAUUGUGGGUCCUCCUGUGAGGAGGCCCCGCUUGGCUUGGCGGAGCCGCUGUGCGAGCCGGCGCUGGGCGGGGUUCUUGCGACGGGUCGAAAACUACAUUUCCCAGCAUCCUCGCGGCUCCAGAACUACCGUGCCCGAAAGUCUGAGCGUGAACCACCCAGCCUUCCGCUUCCUCCCGCUGACCGGGAAACGCGGGAUAUGUGGGGUCGCAGUGCCUGGCGGCUCCUGCGCUCCGAAAGCCCCGGGGGCCGCCGGGUUUCAGCCCCCCGCGGGCGUUUCUCGCUGGCCCUGCGGAGAGGUGAGGAAGGCCCCGUGUUCCGAGACUUCUUCACCACCACAACCAAAGAAUCACAUGAUAUAAGGCGAGUGGACAUAACUCCUUUAGAACAAAGGAAAUUAACUUUUGAUACCCAUGCAUUGGUUCAGGACUUGGAAACUCAUGGAUUUGACAAAGCACAAGCAGAAACAAUUGUAUCAGCAUUAACCACUUUAUCAAAUGUCAGCUUGGACACUAUCUAUAAGGAGAUGGUCACGCAAGCUCAACAGGAAAUAACAGUACAACAGCUAAUGGCCCAUUUGGACUCUAUCAGGAAAGACAUGGUCAUCCUAGAGAAAAGUGAAUUUGCAAAUCUGAGAGCAGACAACGAGAAAAUGAAGAGUGAAUUAGAACAAGUUAAGCAACAAUUAAUAAAUGAAACCAGUCGAAUCAGAGCAGAUAAUAAACUGGAUAUCAACCUAGAAAGGAGCAGAGUAACAGAUAUGUUUACAGAUCAAGAAAAGAAACUUAUGGAAGCAACCACAGAAUUUACCAAAAAGGAUACCAUAACCAAUAGUAUUAUUUCAGAAACCAGUAAUAAAAUUGACACUGAAAUUGCUUCUUUAAAAACACUAAUGGAAUCUAACAAGCUUGAGACAAUUCGUUAUCUUGCAGCCUCAGUGUUCACUUGCCUGGCAAUAGCAUUGGGAUUUUACAGAUUCUGGAAAUAGCAGUGGAACAAUUAUAUUAUGCUUCUACUACUGCUUCCAUUGACUUCUUAAAGCACUGAACUAGGAUAGAUUUACUUUGAACAUUGAAAGUUGUAGCAAAACUUAAUACAACAAGAUUAUUCAAAGUACAUAUGGACUAAAAAUGUUUUAGAAUAAAAUGUAGUUUGUGUUUUUAAUGUCUAUUUUAUUAUGUUGAAAAGCUGCCACUCAAAACCUGGUUAAUUUGAGAUAGAAGGGCCUUUUGUCUUUACCUUCUUGAUAGCUUAUAAAAACUGAACUGGAGUUUUGUGUUUGCUUGAAUAACUGUGUAAAUCAUAUAGGAUUUCUUUGGUAUCUGCUGCCUACAUACUUUGAUAUGCAACUUUCCUGGUAAUUACACAAUUACCUUUUCAUAUUUAAUAAAAUAUUAUUAAAAAGUUGUUUGGAUUGUUAAAGUGACUUACAAUGUAUUGUAGAUGGAGAUUUUUUAAUAAUGAACAAUUAAAAAACAAUUUUAAAAAUGUUUAA